AUGGUUAGCACGCCGAGUCGAUUUCUGCUGCUGGCAAUAGCCAUUGCAAUAAUAAGUGGCUCUCAGGGUGCAAACAUUCUGGGUCUCUUCGCCAGUCUGAGUCCCUCGCACUUGAUCAUCCAAAUGUCGGCGGCCAAGGUUCUGGCGGAAAAAGGACACAAUGUGACUGUGGUCACGUCACUAAAACCAGUAGUGACCCAUAAAAAUAUAAAUCUGAUCCAAGUGCCACUCUCCCAGGAGGAAAAACAGCAAAUGAGCGACACAAUUGGAAAGAUGUCACAGUCCGACAACAGCAACAUGGCUUUAUCCCUGCUCCGAAUGAUGGGGCAGAUGGAGUUCAUGUUCAGAAAGAAUGCAGAAACACUGAUGGACGAUCGAGUGAAGGACUUGUACCUGAACAGAGAUAACAAAUUCGACCUGGUUCUAUCUGGAUACUUUAUGAACGAUUUCCAGCUCGGAUUUGCUAGGAAGGUGAAGGCGCCUGUCAUCGUUUUGGCCACGAUGCCACCGAAUCAAAUGUUGAACCCACUGAUCGGAAAUCCUCUGGAGGUGGCCUAUGUGCCCUCAAUCAAUGACUCCGUGGAAAAGGGCAAGGGCUUGACCUUCCGACAGCGAUUGACUAGCUACGUUACCAGUGUAUCCUUUGCGCUUUUUCAGUACCUUACGGAGAGGCGGAAUCGGAAAUUGUUCAAGGAAAUUUUUGGAGAUGAUCCUACCAUUCCAGAGUAUUCUGAAGUCCUUAAAAACACGUCGUUGGUGUUCUUUGCAUCCCACGCGGCCAGCGAAGGACCCAUUAGACCCAAUGUACCUGGUGCCAUAGAAAUUGGUGGAAUUCAAGUUAAGGACAAGCCGGAUCCGUUACCCCAGAAUAUUGCAAAGUUCCUUGGAAAUGCAACUGAGGGAGCUAUUCUUCUGUCUCUGGGUUCAAAUGUUCAGGGAAGCCAUAUUAAACCAGACACGGUUGUCAAGAUGUUCAACGUCCUCUCGAAACUGAAGCAGAAGGUCAUCUGGAAGUGGGAGGAUGUGGAGAAGACCCCCGGAAAGUCAGACAACAUUCUAUACUCCAAGUGGCUGCCUCAGGACGAUAUCCUGGCCCAUCCGAAAAUUAAGCUGUUCAUAAAUCACGCGGGAAAAGGUGGUAUUACUGAGGCCCAGUACCAUGGAAAGCCAAUGCUUUCUCUGCCAGUGUUUGCAGACCAGCCGGGUAACGCUGAUGGUAUGGUCAAAAAGGGUUUUGGCCUUAAGGUGAGCCUCCUUACUCUGGAGGAGCAGCCGUUUCGUGAGGCAAUCCUAGAGAUCUUGUCGAACCCACAGUAUGCUCAAAAGGUGGCCUCGUUCUCUUCCCUCUAUCGAGAUCGCCCCAUGACCGCUAGGGAAUCGGUGGUCUACUGGGCGGAGUACGUCAUUCGACACCAUGGAGCAGUCCAUCUUCAGAGUCCAUUGGUGCACAUGAACUUCAUAGCCGCCAAUAAUAUUGAUAUUUACUCAUUUUUCGUCGUAAUAUUAGUUACUCUUUUACUUCUUUUGAAAGUGCUAGUGAAAUUUAUUUACAAUAGGUUAUUAUUAAAGCCGAAGAAGGAAAAAUCGAACUGAAAGUUUUUGAUAAGCUUGCAAAAU